UAGAGGGACUGGAGAUGUGGUGACGCCUCGUGGCCGUUGGGACUAUUUAUUUAUUUAUUUUAGCUUGGCUUAGUAAUUUCUUUGUCACAUUAAGGGAAUGAGACAAGCAGUCCCGGGGGCUUUUUGCAACUUCCUCUCCCCCGCUGCUGCCGGGCGCUAUAUUAAAAGCGGGGCCCUGCGGAAAUGAGGAAAUACAGGAGCGGUGUAAGAGUCAGACAGAUUUACCCGGACAGUGAGGGGGGGAUGCUGCUGGGUGUCCCCGUCCUAGUGAGGAUCUGAUCUCAUCUCUCUACUAUUCCUGGCUGCGGGGAGCCACGCUCGGCAUUCAGGAGAAGCUGUGACCUGCCCCACACGAGCGCCAUGGCCUCUCGCAUCGGCCUGCGGAUGCAGCUUAUGCGGGAGCAAGCGCAGCAGGAGGAGCAGAGGGAGCGGCUGCAGCAGCAGGCGGUGAUGCAUUAUAUGCAGCAGCAGGUGCCGCUGGCCCCCACGCCUGCCAUCAACACUCCAGUCCAAUUCCAAUCCCCACCGUCCGUGCCGGGAGAGGUUUUAAAGGUUCAGUCGUACCUGGAGAACCCCACCACGUAUCAUCUGCAGAAGUCACGGGACAAGAAGGUCCAAGAGUAUAUCUCUGAAACCUACGGGAACAAGUUUGCUGCUCACAUCAGCCCUGUCCGGCACUCUCCAAAGCCUCCCCCUGCUGCCUCCCCGGGCGUCAGGCCCGGCCAUGUCAUGUCCUCUUCAGCUGGCAACAGCGCUCCCAACAGCCCCAUGGCCAUGCUCAACAUCAGCUCCAACCCGGAGAGGGAGAUAGACGAGGUCAUUGAUGACAUCAUGCGUCUGGAUGAUGUUUUGGGCUAUAUUAACCCGGAAAUGCACAUGCCCAACACUCUUCCAAUGUCCAGCAGUCACAUGAAUGUAUAUAGUGGUGACCCCCAGCUGACGGCCUCCCUGGUUGCUGUCACCAGCAGUUCAUGCCCUGCCGACCUCACUCAGAAGAGAGACCUGACAGGUAACGCAUAUGCCGAGAGCCGUGCCUUGGCUAAAGAGCGUCAGAAGAAGGACAAUCAUAACCUGAUUGAGAGAAGACGAAGGUUUAACAUCAACGAUCGCAUCAAAGAACUUGGAAUGCUGAUCCCAAAAGCCAAUGAUCUAGAUGUUCGCUGGAACAAAGGGACGAUCCUGAAGGCCUCGGUUGAUUACAUCAGGAGGAUGCAGAAGGACCUGCAGAGGUCGCGGGAUCUGGAGAAUCACUCUCGGCGUCUGGAAAUGACGAAUAAGCAGUUAUUGAUCCGUAUCCAGGAGUUGGAGAUGCAGGCGCGCCUCCAUGGGCUGCCCGCCUCCUCGCCCUCCGGCGUGAACGUGGCAGAACUAGUUCAGCAGGUCGUGAAGCAAGAAGUGACCGGAGAGGACGGGUUGAUUGAGCCUCAGCAGCCCCAGCUACCUCCAGACCAGGAGACGCAGCAACAGCCAUCCCUGCCGCUGCUACCUCCGUCUCCCUACCAGCUGGACUUUACCCACGGCCUGAGCUUUGACGAUGGCUCCAGAGGGUUCCGUGACCAGCUGGACCCCUGCCACAAUGUCUCUUUCCCCUCUUUAUCCAAGAAGGAGCUGGACUUGAUGCUGAUGGAGGACACCAUGUUACCUCUGGCUUCUGACCCCUUGUUCUCUGCCAUGUCCCCUGAGGCCUCCAAGGCCAGCAGUCGCAGGAGCAGCUUCAGCAUGGAGGAUGCUGACAUGCUGUGACAACGAGCCGUUCACAGCCUGGGGGAAAGGACGAGGAGUGAGGCUUGUCUGUGAAGACACACAUCCCCCUCCCCCCACCCAAGAGGACCCCAACAUUUCUCUAUGCAAGCAUUGUCACAGUCACUGGGAAAGUCAGACCCUGUUGCUACAACUUGAUCUGCAAACUUUCUUGCUUUGCCAUGAACUGAGCGGAGUUCCCUGGCUUGGAAUGACCCUAGAUUUACAGCCCAGCUGCCUUACUUUUCAGCUAAGCUUCCCACAAGCUGCACGCAGUGCAGGAGUGGAGGCUGGAAGCCAGGCCAUCAGGUAUGAGAAGGAGCCUUCAAGUCCCAGCGGAGGCUAAGGGGGCUUGUCGCUCAGAGUGCCUUGCUGCAAAUGUGCAUCCAGCCAAGCUUCACCACGUGAACCCGCGUUCCCUCAAAGUCUUCCCCAGCCCUGGCGCUAUUGCCCUGAAGACGUUGGCAGAGGCUGCCUUGUACCAUGUUCCCGCAUUGGGCUUCCCCUUCCCUUUUCGGGCAGAGAUGUGCAGUUUUCCCGAGGGAGGGUGUGGUGUCCCUGGUUGUCACGGAGUAGGGGAGGUGUGUUUCUCAAGGCUCAUUGAGUAAGAAGGCUGCAGGGGGAAAGAGGAGGAGAAAGGGGGGCAAUCUGAACAAAUUAUUUACUGAUACCAGAGGGCUGCUUUCAAAGCUGGGAGCAGGAGUGGGAUGCAACAGCCUCAUUUAUUUGUCACCGGGGUUUGUAAAGGCAUCGGUUUUGAGAGUGGACCUACUGAGUCCCACUCAACUUCCACCCCGUGAGAGAUGAGACCGAGCCUCCAACUCUGGAAGUGGGUUCCUGACCCUUGAAAGCGUAUAGGGGGUUGGGAUCCAUUUUGGGCCCAUCUCUGCUUCCUCUCACUCUGUUCAGAUGAAUCCCAAAACUUCCAAGUGAUAUUCAGUCAAAACUAUCAGUGUGCAACUACACCCACACUGGUUUCCGGACACCAGCUUCUGGCUUUGCACCCUCACUUUUUGGUGCUGGCCAUUUUGCACUAUUAAGCACUUGGGCAGCUUUUUCAAAUGCACCUGAGGGUGACCAGAGAGCAAGUGCGAAAAAUCGGGGUGGGGGUAAUGGGCGCCUAUAUGAGACAGAGUCCCGAAUAUCAGGACCGUCCCUAUAAAAUCAGGACAUCUGGUCAACCUCCCAGCCAAGGCAGACGUGCUAGCUGGGCUCACGCUAGCAGGGGCUAAGAACAGUAGUGUGCUAGUUGCGUCGCGACCCAGGGGUUGAGAUGAGCUUGUACUCGGGCGGCUGGCCUGCAUUGCUCCUUGUGCCGUGCCAUUUACACUGGUUUUUAGUGCACUAGCUGGAGCAGAGCAAACACAUGUUCACCUGACCAGGCGGGGAGGCGCACUCCCAUCUGCACCCUAGAUGUGCCCUGAGUGACUUGUGAUUACUGAGUAUCGCUUUGGGCUAAAUCUGAACCUGAGACCUGGAGGCAUGUGUGUGUGGAAACCUCCACUAUGAACCACAUCUGGAAAAGGGGUUUGAAUGCGCCCCUGUACACUGAAACCUCCAAGUUGGGAUCCUCACACCCAGCAUCCCCAGUGCCUGAACCUAGCAAAUCAAGCUCAUGGAAGGCACCCUAAAUAACUGGUUCAGUUAUCGUCAGGGUGAGCUUAGAUCCCUUCUUCUGUUAAAAAACUCAGUGGGCCAAAUCCUGGCAGGCUUUGAGUGCCCUCUGCUCCCAGUGAAAUAAGUGAAAGACCUGACUGAGUUGUUUUCUUUCUCAGUCUUUACUCAGGCAAGCCACCCAUUGAGACCAGUGGGAGAUUUUGCAUGAGUUAAGGGGCCUCUGGGUUUGGCUCGGUGUGCUCAGUGUCAUCACGAAUGCGUGAAAGAUAGCCACACGAGGUCAAGUGAUCUGGAUCCAAACGCUUUCUGCUGAAACUUCCAUGAGAGAGAAUUUUUCUGCCCUUAAAGAGCACAAACCCAGCCAUGGAUAGAAGCUGGGAGAAGUUACGUGGGGUGUGGGGGGAGGGAUGGAGGGGGAAUCUGAGUUCAUUGCUCAGUGAGCUUGGCUCUGAAGAGGAGAACAAGGUCUCUGUUCUACAGGGUUCUCCGGCAGCACUGAGGAGCUCAGUGAUACGGGGAAACUGGUGUUCUAAAUCUCUCAGGUAGGUGCUCCUCCAACCCAUGCCGCCCUGUCUUGAGGUUGAUCCCAGAACUAAUAUCCAUUUGACGAGGAACUGCCAGGGAACAUUAAAAACAACUUCUUCUCUCCAACAAGUCCCUCUUCGACUUCCUGUGUCUUCAUAUUCAGGUUAGACUCUCUCUCGCUGGGCAUGGUGUCCUAGAAACCACGGAAAUUAGCCCUGCCGAGCUCAAAAGGAAACAUCGAGGAGUUGUACUGCUUCGGCAAAGGGCUUUUCUGUGUCCUCGUUGUGGCUCUGUCUUCCCCCUCGCCCCCAGUUGCUUCCAUGUCUGCUUCCAUGUUUCUGGCAACACAAGCCAUGUUCUUGCUGAUUGGAAGAGGAUAUUUCCCUCCCUGACCAAAACAAGGUUUGGUCCAUUAAGAGAAUGGAAUCGAGAACUCCUUCAAAAUGACCAGCACUGGCUCCUGACCCCAUUCAUGUUGUCAUAAUUCGGAGCUGGGGCUUUUCAGACAGAGAAGGCAAAUCGGUCUUUAUACCGUGUCUUUUGGAUCCCUAACAUAAACCUGUAUCUGGGCCCACGCGUAGAGACUGGGAAACAGGGCAGCCACCCUGUGUGAAGCAGGAGGAUGAUUGUACAUUGGUAACGAUUGCCAGAAUCUUAGCCAGGGCUCUUUGGCUUCUAAUAGUCAAUCCCUGUCCCCCCCCCCCCCCGAAGAGUUUCUUUGCACAGCUUUGUAGCUGAAUUGUUUUCUGCUUUCUCAGUGCUGUUGAUGUCGGCACAGCCACAAGGGGAAUUGGGGUGGGGAAGAGGAGGAGGUGGUGGGGGAAUCACUUAUAUUUAAAAGAAAAGACAACAGUAUUCUUCAGUAAGAGCCUAAGGGGCAUGUGGGGAAGAUGGGGAAAUCUUUAAUAAUGAUUAGGGUUGUCAAGCGAUUAAAAAAAUUUAACAGCACAAUUAAUCAUGCAAUUAAUUGCACUGUUAAUAAUAGAAUACCGUUCCUUUAAAUAUUUGUGGAUGUUUUCUACAUUUUCAAAUAUAUUGAUUUGGAUUAUCACACAGAAUACAAAGUGUACAGUGCUCACGUGAUAUUUAUUUUUGGUUACACAUAUUUGCACUGUAAAAAAACAAAUAGUAUUUUUCAAUUCACCUAAUACAAGUACUGUAGUGCAAUCUCUUUAUCAUGAAAGUUGAACUUACAAAUAUAUAAUUAUGCACAAAAAAUACCCUGCAUUCAAAAAUAAAACUGUGAAACUUUAGAGCAGAGGUGGACAAACUACGGCCUGCGGGCUACAACCGGCCCACGGUACCCUCCUGCCCGGCCCCUGAGAUCCUGGCCCAGGAGGUUAGCCCCCAACCCCUCCCCUGCUGUUCCCCCUCCCCCGCAGCCUCAGUUCACUGCGCUGCCGGAGCAAUGCUCAGGGCGGUGGGACUGCGAGGUCUUUCCGGGUAGCGCAGCUGCAGAACUGCGGCCUGACCCAGUGCUCUGUGCUGCAUAGUGGUGUGGCUGGCUCCAGUCAGGUGGCACAGCUGCUUGUCCUGGUGCUCUGGGUGGUGCGGCUGUAGCGCUGCCAGCCACCGGUGCUCCAGGCAGCGUGGUCAGGGGUAGGGAGCAGAGGGGCUUGGAUAAAGGGCAGGGGAGGUCGGGGCGGUCAGAGGGUGGGGAACAAUGGGGUUGAACGGGGGCAGGAGUCCUGGGUGGGGGGUCAGUCAGGAAUGAGAGGAGGGGUUGAAUGGGGCAGUGGAGGGCAGUCAGGGGACGGGGGGGUUGGAUAUGGGGCAAGGGCCGGGCCACGCCUGGCUUUUCGGGGAGGCAUAGGCCCCCCCAAAUGGCCCUCCAUACAAUUUCGGAAACCUGAUGUGGCCCUCAGGCCAAAAAGUUUGCCGCCCCUGGUUUAGAGCCUACAAGUCCAAUCAGUCCUAUUUCUUGUUCAGCCAGUGGCUCAGACAAACAAGUUUGUUUACAUUUGCAGAAGAUAAUGCUGUCUGCUUCUUGUUUACAAUGUCACCUGAAAGUGAGAACAGGCAUUUGCAUGGCACUGUUGUAGCCAGCGUCGCAAGAUAUUUACAUGCCAGAUGUGCUAAAGAUUCAUAUGUCCCUUCAUGCUUCAACCACCAUUGCAGGGGACAUGCGUCCAUGCUGACGACUGGGUUCUGCUUGACAAUCCAAAGCAAUGUGGACUGAUGCAUGUUCAUUUUCAUCAUCUGAGUCAGAUGCCACCAGCAGAAGGUUGAUUUUCUUUUUUGGUGUUUUGGGUUCUGUAGUUUCCGCAUCAAAGUGUUGCUCUUUUAAGACUUCUGAAAAAGUGCUCCACACCUCAUCCCUCUCAGAUUUUGGAAGGCACUUCUGAUUCUUUAAUCUAGGGUCAAGUGCUGUAGCUAUCUUUAGAAAUUUCACAUUGGUAUCUUCUUUGCAUUUUGUCAAAUUUGCAAUGAAAGUGUUAUGGGCAGCAUUAUCUCCCAUAAAUGUUAACAAACUUGUUUCGCUUAGCCAUUGGCUGAACUAGAAGUAGGACUGAGUGGACUUGUAGGCUCUAAAGUUUUACACUGUUAUGUUUUUGAGUGCAGUUAUGUAAUCAAAAAAAAAUUUGAAAUUUGCACUUCCACGAUAGAGAUUGCACUACAGUAUUUGUAUGAGAUGAAUUGAAAAAUACUAUUUUUUAUCAUUUUUAGAGUGCAAAUAUUUGUAAUAAAAAUAAUAUAAAAUGAGCAUUGUACAUUUUACAUUCUGCACUGUAAUUGAAAUAGAUAUAUUUGAAAAUGUAGAAAAACAUCCAAAAUAUUUAAUACAUUUCAAUUAGUAUUCUAUUGUUUAACAAUGUGAUUAAUUUUUUUGAGUUAAUUGCAUGAGUUAAUGGCAAUUAAUUGACAGCUCUAGUAAUGAUACUACAUUAUACCCCAGUAAUUGCCCUAAGUAUUGCAGGAAGGCUACAGCAAAUGGUAGUGUUUGGGGCCAUUACUGGAGAAUGAUGUAAUAUCUUUUUUAUUAGUAAUGUCUGGAUCCCAAUCCUCAAAGUUCAGGAGCACUGAGAUCCAGGCUGUAUAGAUCAGGCCCCAUCUUCAGCCCUGAUUCUGCACUGAGAGCUGCGCAGGUGGGACCCCUGCGCACACACACAGCCCCCUUGACUUCAAACCCUGGGGAUUGGUGCUGGGCCAGGACCUAAAAUCAUAAGGGAAAACUCAACCUGCCAACUCCCUGAGAAGGAAAGAGCUCGUGAAUUGGAUCAUAGGGUGCUGAGUGCGAACGUGACCAUAGGGUACAGCUCUGGGGCAAGCAUGGGUCUGUGAUGGGAGUGAGAUGAUCUCCAGGGUGUAGGCAUCUCCCCAGCUGACAGAAGUGCCAGUAGGAAGUGACAUUUGCAUGUGAUGGCAGAGAAAGCGAGUGAGAGAAAGUGGGGGAGAGAGGGCAGCACCUCUUUCACCUUUGGAGCUGGGCAAUUCCCAGCCCCGGCAGUCAGGAGAGUCGGUGAAGAACAGGGGAAAGGGACGUCCCUAGCCUAUGUUCCCUUUCCCCGUAUAUUUGGUAGCAGGAGAGGGAACGACUAGCCACUGCCCCAAGAUAGCCGUCCAGCAAGGGGAGCUCUUGCAAACGUCUGUGGCAUAAAUGCAGGGUCUCGGGGGCAGGUGAGCGGCCAGGAUUUUCUGUGGCUCUUUCAGUGAGUGGGGGCUGCAGGAUGAGUGAUGGGAGUGUCCGUUUUGCCACGUUAAACCAAGGUGUGGGCUCCUUCCGAGUGACCAUUAUUAUGUGCCUGUGAACAGGAGUAGUCCUUCAGAGCAGGGCCCCUGGGGCCCUAUAGACUUGUGUUAAGUGCCUGUGGAUAUUCUUCCUCCAAUACAGCCAUUAUAGACUCUGUUACGCAACACAAGUGUCUGUGUGGACACACUGUGUCCCUGUACACAUUUGAACAGUCACCCGGAGAGUCUUGUGGACUUCUGCUAAGUGCCGGCAGGCAGGCAGCAUGCAUCCUCUGCGGCAGAACCUGUAGAACCUUAUAGAUCCAUGUUAAGUGCCUAUGGAUACAUGGCUUGUCUGCAGAGCCUCGCACAUGUAGACCUGCAGGAUGUAGGCUAAAAAUCCAGCAGAUACUGGAAUUGGUGCAUGGUCCGAGCCAGUCUAAGAAGAGCUGGUGACGUUUUCACCAGUGAGCUAGGGUAAGGUUCCAGGAAAGGUGGGUGGGAAGCUGUGCCCAGUGGGAUGAGAGUCAGAUUCUUGGAAGUCCUGGUGGAGCCAUAGCCAGUGGGCUGAGAGGAACGUACCUAGACAGGCCUAGUGUGCUUUGUUGCUCAGACGUUCUUGUAAGGAGAGUCCAUUAGAGGAAAAUAAAACUGCCUGGUUUGAAUCCAAAGCUCUUUCUGAACCUACAGCAGGUUGAUUCUGUGUUAUAACUGUGCACUAUUCGCGGCAUGCUUCAGCAAACACAGGAUGCAGUAUAUUGUGUGCAUUGUGCCGUGUGCUUGAGUGGCUUCAGGACACGGUAUGUACUAGGGAUGGGCACAUAUGUAACCUUCACUUAAGAUGUCAGUUUGAAUCACUUGGCUUUUUUGUUCUUGAGGUCUGAAACCGUGGCAUGCCUUUACGCUUCCUGUCUGUUGGUGGGUGGAACAGGAAGUGAUGUCAUCUAGUGGAAAGAUUUUUCCUGGUCUGUUGCAGCAUCUGCAAUCUGACCGAAGCCAAGAUUUGUGUGGGAAGAUCUGACAUCAUAAGAUUUCUGAUAGGAUGCGGACCCAACCAUCUCAGAAAAGCAUGUGAAUUUGGGAGGGCAAAGCUUGGAAGCCAUGUUUUGCAAAAGCGACUAGUGACUUUGGGUGCUGUAUUUUCAGACAGUGCUGAGCACCCCACCCUCUGAAAAUCAGGCCCCUUUAAGAUGCCUUGAGUUGGGUACCCAGAAUCACUGGUCACUUUAGAACAUCUUAGCCAGACGCUUUUUGAAGUGCUCCUCCUCAAUAGUAUAUACCGUAGUGCGGCAUGCUUCAUGGACUGUGAGUUGCGGUGUGUGCUGUAUGCAGAAUGGGGUCUGUGUCUGUCAGAUACAGUAUAUACUGCGCUUGGCUCAUGGCUAUGGGAUGCAGAACAUGCCUCGCCAUUAUUCCCUGCUCCAGCCAGCGUGAGAAGUGGGGUGCUCCCCAUGCCAUGAGAGAACAGUCGUGGAUUUUUUUAUCUUUUGUGUUUUGUUUUUUAAUGCACUGUGCUCUGAUUCAAAAAUUUUACUACUGUUUUAUAAAUAAAUGUACAAAAGAAUGAACUGGAAUGGGAAAAAUCAUUAAAAUAUAUUUAUUUACAG